AUGAAUAUCUUUUUAAACGAGACAAUUAUUCAUUUUAUUGGACCUGUUGUUGAAAUUUAUUUUGCCAAACUAAUUAUUGAUUAUGCUAUAAUGGUCACAAUUGAACGAAAUAAUUCACCAACACCUGGAAGAGUUGAGAAUCCUGAUAUACCAAGUAACCAAGAAUCAA